AAAGGACUGCCGCUCCAGCAUCACAACCUCUCUGUGUGACCAGGCAGAAAGGGCAGAGAAACUCCAAUAAUGACUGGCCAGCAGAAGCUUUUGUCACUGUGGCUUUGGCUGUUGCUUAUGGUAGCUCUGUGCCCAGGUGCACAGUACGCAUACAGUAAACGUGGAGGUUUCUUCAAGAGUGGAAAAGACAAAAAAAGUGACAGCAAAGAAGCACCUCCCUCUCAGAGUCGUGGCUUGUCCAAGAAUGGCUUAAAAUGGGCAGGAGCAGCAGCGGCGGGCAUGCUUGGAGGCACAGGAACUGGAUAUGGGCUAGGCUUCCUUGGUAAACCAAAAUAUGGAUCUAAGAGUCAUCAUGGCCACAAGACUUCCUCCUCUGAGGGAGAUCAACGGGUUUACUACCAGGAAAACCAACGAUAUCACAACCAGUCUCGCUGGAGAGCCUAUGUUAAAUCAGGUGCACCUGCUCCCAUGAGUAACAUCUUUCUCACUCUUGGAUAUGCCGUGCCUCUCCUCAUCGCAGCAUGGAUGCGGGUGAUUUAAUCUGACCUCUUACCACAAAGAAAACUAUCAAUUACAGAUGCUGAUGGUGAAAAUGCAAACCAAA